GCUCCGUUGCGUCUGCGGCACGUGUGGCUGGCCUGUCCGCCCGCCUGUCACUUCCGGCAGUGCGCGCGUGUCCGGCCCGCUGCUUGUCAGAAGCCGCUCAAGGAGAUGAAGAUGACGCUGGUGCUGUCAGUCAUUUGGUUUUUGGCGCUUGCGGCGGCGGCGGAACAGCGAGUCUUGGACCUGCUGAGCGUCCCGGACCGGGCCCAGGCCCGCCGCUUUUGGGCCGAUUGGAGCGCGGCGGACGACGUCUACGUGGCGGCGACCCUUCGACUGCCGCCCAAAAUCGGCGGAGUCCUGCUGGGCGUCUACGGGAAGCACGACAACAAGAAGUACCUGGAAGUGGCCGUCGUGGCCAAGAUCAACAAAGUGACUCUUCGCUUCUGGCGCCCGUCCGACGGUAAGGUGGACACGGUCAAUUUGGCCAAUGCCAACGUGUCCGACGGGCGACGCCACUCGCUGCUGUUGCGUCUGGACCGCUCCCGGAGCGACGGCAUGAGGGCGGAGCUCUACGCCGACUGCCGAUUGGCCGACGCGGCCGAGGGGGCGCCCCGCCCGCCGCCCCUCCCCGCCGAGCCGGACGCGUUGGAGAUCCGACACGGACAGAAGGCCUACGCGCGUGCGCAGGGUGCCGUGGAGUCCCUGCGGGCGGUGAUUGGGGGCAGCGUUGCUCAAGCCGGCGCCCUGGUGGACUGCCCCUUUCAACGGGACUCCGCCCACAAUAUAGCGAGCGGAGAGCUGCACGCUAUCUUGGCCGAGCACGCCAAAGCGCUGAUUGGUCAAAUGGUCCUCUUCAAUCAGAUGCUGGGGGAACUGCGACAAGAUGUCAAGGAGCAGGUGAAAGAGAUGUCUCUGCUGAGGAACACCAUUUCGGAGUGUCAAGUUUGCGGUUUUCAGGAGCUGCGCUCCGGGUGCUCGCCCAACCCCUGCCACCCGGGCGUGGCCUGUGUGGACAGCCCGCAUUUUCCGGGUUUCGCCUGCGGGCCCUGCCCCCCCGGCACCCUCGGCAACGGGACGCAUUGCGACGACGUGGACGAGUGCAAGGCGCAGCCCUGCUUCCGACCGUCGGGUUGCGUCAACACCCGCGGCGGUUUCCGAUGCGCCCCGUGCCCGCCCGGCCUGCGGGGGGCGCCGCUCGCCGGGACCGGCCUGCACUACGCCGAGACGCACAAGCAGGAGUGCGUGGACGUGGACGAGUGCGCGGAGCUUCCCGACGCCUGCGUCCAAAACUCGGUCUGCGUCAACACGGUGGGUUCCUUCGAGUGCGGCCCGUGUAAAGCCGGUUACCUGGGCGACCAAAGCGUCGGCUGCUCUCCCCGCGAUUCCUGCGCCACCCUGACCUUCGACCCCUGCGAUGCGCACGCACACUGCCGCGCGGAGAGGAACGGCGUUCCGGUCUGCACGUGUAAUGUGGGCUGGGCGGGCAACGGCAACACCUGCAGCGUGGACAGCGACCUGGACGGUUACCCCGACCGUCAGCUGCCCUGUCUGGACAACAACAAGCACUGCAGACAGGACAACUGCGUGUGGACUCCCAACUCGGGUCAGGAGGACGCCGACGGGGACGGCAUCGGGGACCAAUGCGACGAUGACGCCGACGGCGACGGCAUCAAAAACGUUGAGGACAACUGCCGUCUGGUUCCCAACAAGGACCAGCGGAACUCGGACAGCGACUCCUUCGGCGACGCGUGCGACAACUGCCCCAACGUGCCCAACGGCGAGCAGACCGACACGGACGGGAACGGCCGCGGAGACGCCUGCGAUCUGGAUGUCGACGGAGACGGCAUCCCCAACGUGCUGGACAAUUGCGCCAAGGUUCCUAACCCCAUGCAAACGGACCGAGAUCGCGACGGCGUCGGAGACGCCUGUGACAGUUGUCCCGAACUCAGCAACCCGACUCAAACUGACAUGGACGACGACUUAGUGGGAGACAUUUGUGACACCAACCACGACACGGACGGCGACGGCCACCAGGACGACCGAGACAACUGCCCCCGCGUCCCCAACGCUUCUCAGCUGGACUCGGACAACGACGGCCUCGGGGACGACUGCGACCCGGACGACGACGAGGACGGCGUCCCCGACGUCCGGGACAACUGCAGGCUGGUGGCCAACCCUCACCAGCGAGACUCGGACCUGAACGGUGUGGGCGACGCCUGCGAGUCGGACUUUGACAACGACGCGGUCCCGGACAAUGCGGACGCGUGCCCCGAAAGCGCAGAGGUGACGCUGACCGACUUCCGGGCCUAUCAGACGGUGGUUUUGGACCCCGAGGGCGACGCCCAGAUCGACCCCAACUGGGUGGUCCUCAACCAGGGAAUGGAGAUCGUCCAGACGAUGAACAGCGACCCGGGUCUGGCCGUCGGCUACACGUCUUUCAACGGCGUGGACUUUGAGGGGACCUUCCACGUCAACACUGUGACGGACGACGACUACGCCGGCUUGGUCUUCUCCUAUCAGGACUCGUCGAGUUUCUACGCCGUCAUGUGGAAACAAACGCAGCAAGUCUACUGGCAGACGCGGCCGUUCAGCGCCACCGCCAGCCCCGCCUUACACCUCAAGGCGGUGAAGUCGAGCACCGGUCCGGGCGAGUAUUUGAGGAACGCCCUGUGGCACACGGGCGACACCGACGGCGAAGCCACGCUACUGUGGAAAGACCCCAGAAAUGUGGGCUGGAAGGAUAAAACCUCAUACCGCUGGCAGCUCAGUCACCGCCCGCAGGCCGGAUACAUCCGCGUUCGUCUGUUCGAAGGCUCCGAGGAGGUGGCCGACUCUGGCGCGGUGAUCGACGGCACCUUGAGGGGGGGCCGGCUGGGGGUCCUCUGCUUCUCUCAGGAAAACAUCAUCUGGUCCAAUCUGCGUUACCGCUGCAACGACACGCUUCCCGAAGACUUCUCCGGGCCUGGCCAGAAGGUGGUGCUGCACGUUCAGGUGUGAGCGCGCCCGCGAGGGCUGGGGGCGGAGCCCGGGCCAAGAGGCGGAGCCGUCCGGGACAAACUCGAACGCGACGAGGAUGCGUCUUUAUAUCGAAGAAUUAAGGAAACGCUGAAGAACUCUGUCCUUUUUCAAUACAAAAUGUGCUGAUAACGUCACCGAUCUUAAGCGUCGCAAAGAAUUUCACUUUAUUUUGUUUAAAUGAUAAUAAAAAUGGAUUUCCUAG